UUUGAAAGAAGAAAUCUCUUCACAAAACAAUGGAGGAGAGCGAAGGGCGGCAGCGGCGCGAAAUUCAAAUGUUUAGCCGUAGUGAGAAGCUUAGAGCUACGAUCUCUAAGUGCUCAUCUCUGGGAAUGGAGAUUAAACGCAAGAAAAUACGGGAGAGCACCAUAUUCCUGCAGCAGGAAGACAAUUGUAUUAAAGAAAAACUUGAAUUUGAAAUACGGAUGCGUGAAGGAAUUUGUAAACUGCUUUCAGUGAGCACCCAAAAGGAUCAAAUUUUAAAUGCAGUAAAAAAUUUGAUGGUUUGCAAUGCUCGAAUCCAAGGAUAUAUGGCACAACUCCAUUCUCUGAGGAACGAAAGUAGUGCUACGAGUACAGGAAGAAGAUCGUCUGAUGCAGGAGUGAAGGAACAGGAAGCCUGCCCAGGAAAAGUUGCCAUAUCUGGUAUUCGGAUCCCUUUGAUGUGGAAGGAUUCUGACCACUUCAGCACCAGAGAAAAAUCACAACGUUACGCUGUUUUUUGCAUGUUGAAACUUGGGCAGGAGACUUUCGACACUGAUAUGGUUAUUGUGGACAAAACCAUGACUGAUAUAUGUUUUGACAAUGUAAUAGUGUUUACUGAAGCAAGGCCAGAUUUUCAAUUAAAUUUGGAAGUAUAUAGCUGUUGCAUGGAAGACUCAUCUAUAGCCAAUACUCCCAAGAAACUUGCACGGAAGCUUAGAAACUCAAUUGGCAAAUCUGCAGGGAAGAAAUUUAAUUCAGAACUUGAAGAAACUGAGGCAGAAACUUUUCAGUUUGUAAAUCCUCAUAUGCCUGGGGCAAAAUACAAUCUGCUUGCACAUAUUACAUUCACUUUGGAUAGCACUGAGGACAACUUUAGUACAUAUUCACUCACGGUGACAGGACAUGAGGAGUCCUCCUAUUGGCUACCUUUAUAUGGAAGUAUUUGUUGUCGACUGGUUGCACAGCCAUCUUGUAUGACUGAUGAAUUAAUGAUGGGGUAUCUUAACCAAAAGCAACUGGUUAAAGGUGUUCGUAGCUGUAUCAGAUUAUACUGUUUAUUAAAAGGCGGAAUCCUUCACUGCUAUUACUCUCCAGAAGAAAUCGAGGCCAAAAUUGACCCAACAUUAAUUAUUCCCAUCAACAAGGAAACGAGAAUUCGGGCAGUGGAAAAAGAUGCUAAGAAAAGAGCCAGCAGUUUUUCUGUUAUUAACAUAAUGUCUGGUGAAGCAGUUACACACAUAUUUUCAACAGACAACAAAGAAGAACUUCAAAAGUGGAUGGAAACCUUUUGGCAACAUUUUUACAAUCUAAGCCAGUGGAAGCAUUGUUCAGAAGAAGUUAUGAAAAUUGAGUUUAUGUCACCAAGGAAACCACCUUUGUUUUUGACAAAAGAGGCAACUUCAGUCUACCACGAUAUGAGCAUCGGCUCUCCGGUGAAAUUUGAAAGCUUAACAGAUAUUCUGCAUCGUAAAAUUGAAGAAACUGAUGGGAAAUUUCUAAUUGGCCAAGAAGAGUAUGGUCAACCUCCAUGGGCGGCAUUAUUUGAUGGUAACCAUGAGCUACAUGUGGAAAAAAACAAACUCCCUGCAGCAUUAAAAAGUGAGGAGGUAAACUCGGGAGAUAGUAAGGGUAAGAAGCGUAGAGCUCCGCCUCCUCCACCUGUUAAAGCACCAUAUUGUGCCGAAGACCAUAGAACCUCAGACCAGGUAGAAAAAGAGAACAUCUUGCCACGUUCCCACUUCUCACGAAAGUCUUUUGAUACAAAGUUGUCGUCCAUAAUGCAUCAGUUGCAAAAGCCUAUGGCAGGCUCACGCAAGCCACCGUCAACUUCUGAGAAAAUCAGUGUACUUGAAGACCAGAAUGAGACCAAUAUUAUGGAAAACAACCCAUCAAAACCAGUACCAACUCCAAGACAAAAGUCUAUAAUGGAGAAACUAGACCCCAGAUCAUGGCUUCAACUACAAGAAUAGUUUUAUUUGAUCUUAUCUUUGUAUAUAUAAAUAUAUUUUUCUUUUAAAAACUAUUUUAGCUUGUAAAACUAAAAAAAAAAAAAAACAAUCCAUACGAAAAUAGACUGUUUGUUGCUAAUGAUUUAGUGGAAAGAAAAUGUUUAGUUUUUUUUUAUUAAAUGUUUUUAUAUAAAUUA